AAACGACCCAAACCCUCUGUUCGCUUCAUGGAUGCUUCACCGAAAGCCACGUCAAUGACGGAAUGACCGAACCAUAGCCUUAGCUUCAUUCUCUGCCAGCGGCAGACUUGAAGCAACAGGACAAGCAUCAUGGAGUCGUCAAGGAUUUUCGUCAAGAACCUACCGCCCAACAUCUCUGAGACCGACUUCCGCAAACACUUCUCGGCCCAAGGACGCGAGGUCACCGAUGUCAAACUCAUUCCCAACCGACGCAUCGGCUUUGUUGGUUACAAGUCGCCUGAUGAUGCAGUGCGGGCAGUCAAAUACUUCAACAAAUCCUUUAUCCGCAUGUCUAGGAUUGCAGUCGACUUGGCCAAGCCGAUUGCAGACUCGACCCCACGACCAGCCGCAAGGGACAGCCCACGUCCCGGUACUGCUAGCAGCGGCGCUUUGUUGAAGUCUGGUGCCUCGCGCAUAGAACAGCUUGAGGAUGAGAGUUCCAAAAAGAGAAAGCGGGAGGUCCUCGACGAGGCAGACGCGAGGCUCCAAGAGUACCUCGAGGUCAUGGGUCGCCCGAACAAGAAAUCUAGAGACGACGAAGCACUCAGUGGGAGCCUGCAAUCAGACUUGACGUCCGCAGUGCCCGCAGCUGUCUUUGAAGCCGGCGAGAGUGACGAUGAGUACGAGGACAUACCUGCACGCCACGCGAAACGGCCGGCUCAGGAGAACCCAACUCGUGUCGAUGCUACAGCCGCUUUCGCUUCUGAGGCACAAGCUCCUGCGCCUGUGACCGUCCCCGGAGAUGAGCCGCCAGGGGGAGUCCCACAGGUGUCAGCAGAUGCAACGGACGAUGACUGGCUCCGCUCAAGGACAAGUCGUCUGCUCGACCUCGUGGACCCCGAUGAUCCCGAAUUCUCAGUCCAGGGCCCCCCGUCUGCGCCUGUCGUUGCACCUACAUCCGAAUCGCAAGACCGUUCGCAUGUUGGCGGCGCUGUAGCCAGUGUGGAAGAACCGAGUGAGAGUACUGCUGUGCGAUCUGAGGGCUCUCAAGACGCUGCCAAGUUGGUUGAACAGACGUCAAGGUUGUUCUUGCGGAACCUCAGCUACAGCGUUACAGAGGACGAUAUAAGAGAGCAUUUCAGCAAAUUUGGCACUCUCGAGGAGGUGAAUGUUCCUCUGGAUAAUCGCGGUCAAAGCAAGGGUUUUGCCAUGGUCCGGUAUGAGCAACCCGCUGCAGCCCUCGCAGCAUUCCAGACGGAUGGCUCGAUCUUCCAGGGCCGGAUCAUUCACAUUCUCCCUGCCUCCGCUAAACGGGACAACAAGCUCGAUGAAUUUGCGAUCUCCAAGUUGCCUCUCAAGAAACAGCAACUCCUGAAGAAAAAAGCCGAGGCCGCGUCCAGCACCUUCAACUGGAAUUCACUCUUCAUGAGCCAAGAUGCCGUCAACACUGCCGUCGCAGAACGUCUCGGUGUUUCUAAACACGAGCUCUUGGAUCCCACCGACGCGUCUGCUGCUGUGAAACAAGCAGUUGCUGAGACCACGGUGAUCCAGGAGGCGAAGGGUUACUUCGCCGCCCACGGUGUGAACAUAGAGGCGUUCAAAUCCCAACAACGAGGCGACACCUCAAUACUUGUCAAGAACAUUCGAAACGCCUCCAUUGAAGAGUUGAGGGGUCUAUUCGAGGAGCAUGGCACAGUGUUGAGGGUGCUGAUGCCACCUAGCGGUACCAUCGCCAUCGUUCAGUUUGCGCAGCCAGCAGCUUGCCGGGCGGCCUUUGCCAAGAAGGCCUAUUCGCGGUUCAAAGAGUCAAUUCUGUUUCUUGAGAAAGGCCCGAAAGGGCUUUUCCUAGAUCAUGCGGCGGCCCCGUUAGAAGAUCGUCCUGCUGGCGUCCAAAAGCCGUCCGUUGCCGCAUUGUUGGAAGGCGACGAUGAUGAGGAUCAGACCGAGACAACCUCCCUAUUCGUCCGCAACCUGAACUUCUCCACAACUACCGAGGGGUUGACCAAUGCUUUCAAGCCUUUGGACGGGUUCGUGAGUGCAACGGUCAAGACCAAGACUGACCCAAAGAGACCGGGCCAGGUGCUAAGCAUGGGUUUUGGUUUUUGUGCCUUCAAAACCAAGAAACAAGCUCAGGCAGCCCUCAAGGUUAUGGACGGUUAUGUGCUGGAUGGGUAUAAGCUUCUUGUCAAGGCAUCGCACAGGGGUCACGAUGCUGCAGAGGAGCGGAGGCGUGAAGACCUCGCCAAGAAGGCGGCGGCGCAGCGGACAAAGAUUGUCAUCAAAAACCUUCCAUUCGAGGCUUCGAAAAAGGAUGUGCGCGCCUUAUUUAGCGCAUAUGGGAAACUGGUUGCACUUCGCCUCCCAAAGAAGUUCAACCACAUGUCGCGCGGCUUCGCUUUUGCCGAGUUUGCGACGGCUAAGGAGGCGCUCAAUGCUCUUACCGCAUUGAAGGAUACUCAUUUACUCGGGCGCCGGCUGGUGCUUGAUUAUGCAGAGGCCGACGAGAUCGAUCCGGAAGAGCAGAUUAGGGCGAUGGAGAAGAAGAUCCGGGGCCAAGUGAACAAGCUUCACAUCCCUUUCCCAAUGCGUCUGAUAGUUCCUGCCCCCGCGGUCCCGAGACACCCCGCGCCAACCGAGAAAGAACGCAGGUUUCCAUGGCGCCCGCCUCCACGGGCUGGAUGCCCUUGCGUUCCGGUUGCAAUGGAACUGCCCAUGAGCCUUCCAGUUCUUUCGACGCAAUGCUAUUCACCGUCAGCGGACCAUGGGUUUGAGGGUCGCCGCGGACUAUCAACGUCGAGGCAGCCACUUCAGGAAUCGACUGGCAACAUACAACACCCUCAUAUGUCGUGGUACGCCCAGCAACUGGAAGCCCACUCGUCAGUCCCGUCGUCGAUACCACCACUAGGACCAUUGAUCUUGCGGACACAGUCCACCGUGUCAGAAUACUGCGCAACGGCGCCCUCGAGAUCUCAACAUCGGCAUGGGGCUUAUCUGCAUGGGAGGCGGCGAUCGCAUGGGACCAACCCGCUCAUGCCCUUCCUGUCCCAGGCCUUCAAGAACUACCGGAAGAAGCAAUCAGACAAACAUGACCAAAAAUGGCCUGACGUGUUGGAGACACCUUUCCUGGACGCGCUGCUGCUCAUCCCUCGGAUGGGGCGCAAAAAAUACACCAUGAAGCAAAGACCGUACGGCCGGAACAUGCUGAUUGGUGAUUAUCUCUGGAUCGCAUACUGCCAGGGCCUGCCACCCGGAGCCGAACCAGACCCCCGGAUGAUGAGGCAGAGAAAGAUGGUGUCAAGCCAUAUUCAGGUGUUAAAGGACUUCUUCACGCACCAUCGAUGUUUCCACUUCUUCUUUUGGCCAACAAAAGAAGACAAGGAGAAUGACCCAACCGAGACAGUGUCGCUCAAGGACAACCCAGUGCUGAUUGCUUUGUCCGGAGACCGCUUUCCUGAGGAGCGGCCCAACUACGAGUAUUUUGCGCAGAUACUCUCCUUAAACGAACAGGUUCAAUUCAAACCCAAGCGCUGUUGGAUCUUCGUGUCGCAUCAGGAUGUGGUAGUUGGCGAGGACCGCAUCGGGUGUUUGCCCACGACGGGCGGCAAGCUCACCGAGGGCGAAUACCCGCACCUCGGUCUCAAUCUUGAGCGCGACACGUGGGCCAAGGAGGAGCAACAGUUCUUCAAGGGCGCCCUGCUCCACGAGUUCACUAAGAAAUUGGUUCAGAUCGAGUCGAGCAGCGUCAGAGAGAUGGCCAGGAAGUGGGAGUCGGCGUUCCCGGACCUGCAUCAGAGGCUGAAGGCAAUCACGUCCACAACUACGGAUGCACGGUGCGACUUUCUGCAUUUGCACGUCACACUCGAACUAAAGGAAAAGCGCCGGUUCCCCUCAGGGUCCAAUCUCAGCUCGUGGGUCGAGAUCAACAUUGAGAAGCCCGGCCUGGUCAACCACCGGUGGAAGGUGGACACGAGGCUCGUGCGGCCACUCGAGCUUAGCUACUCGCAGGGAGACGGCCCCCCGGAGGUCGUCUACGAGGAGCACAAAGAAUUCGCCCUCGAGUACCAACACAAGCCUGGCUGCGAUGCGUCGCGCAGCGACAGCCGUGGGCACUGCGACUGCCUCUCACAGCGCUGUCGUCGAGACGGCGUCAUGGUUCCGUUCCCUGUCCCAUUUCCCGCCAAUGUCUGGGCACAGACACUCACCAACUGUGCCGAGUACCCAGCCCAUCCGUCCAGUGAGAGCAUAAGACAUGACCGGGAGCGGGGCUCAGCUGUAAAGACGGAAGAUGGUGACAACGAGGGUCAGAGAUCCCGACGCCGCACGAAGUGGCCCACCCAGAUGGACCUAGUACCAAAGAUCGCCAUGAUGCAGGAGAUCUGGUCUUUUCCGCCCACCUCGUCCGCUGAAGAGGGCAGCAGUGACUGGGGAAACCGACGGUGGACGCGCCGUGCCGUGAUACUCUGGACGUUCGAGACCAUUCACAAAAUCGUGUUCAAACAGAGGAAGCCGAGGCUGGUGACUGCCCAGGGAGGCAGCACGAAUUGGCGGUUUUUGACGAUCCUUGAUCCUGCCAGCGAGUAUCAUCAGAGACAAGCCAUCAUCAGUGGCCGGCGGGUCUCUGCUGAUGAAUACCGAGACGCGUUCGGCUGUGUUUCGCGGCCGGCAUCCAGAAAUGCCGGCUGGUCCUCCAGGUCGACCCAUCAGCAACCCCUGAGCGCGAGCUUGAGCGAGGAAGGUCUAUCGUCCGCGUGGGGCCACACAGGCGGACUUGGCUCGCUAUCUGUUUCAACGGCCCAGGCUGCCUAUGACGCCCACUUCAUGCAGCAGGCGAUAUCGACGCACGCCACAACGACUGGGAACGGCUUACUCGACAGCUUCAAUAGCCACGCCGGCCUUGCAACUCCAACCCCGAGCGCUUCGCUCGCAAGCUCGUUUGACCAGACAUUCGACUCUGCCUCAACAAGCCCGGAUAUCUUGGCGACGUACAUGACGACACAUGCGGCGGUGACGACGGCCGGCCUGGACACCAGCUCACAUAGCUUUGAUGGCUCGCUCUCGGCCGUCACGGACCCUUUUUUGGCUCACGUAGGAACCGCAUACGGUGCAGCUCAGGACGGCAUUCACGGAUGGGAUGACCAUGGUGUCGCCGGCGGCAUAGAUCCUACUGCCUCAUGGUCGUCGGGAUACUCUGUCGCGAGCGGAGCUCAUGGGCACAACGGGCUCGUUAACUGGACCGGGUCACAAUUACAUACCGCCCGCCACCAGACGCUAGCCCGGCAGGAGCGGCAGCCCUGGAAACCUCCAACCGCCGGCAUCGAUGAGCAGGAGCCCUGGACCCCGGCAUCUCCGGCAAACACGCCGGACGAAAGGACGACCACAUGGGCCGGGAGCCACGACAACCACAACAGCAUCGCACCGACGCGAGAAGCCAGUCAGGAUUCGGUGCACAUCCAGGCACCGUCAACUGCGAAGAUACCCGAUCCGCCAAAGACGGAGGAGGAUUCGCAUUCUUGGCCCCCGUCAGCCGUCGAGACGCACCCAGAGAAUCGGAACCAUUUCACGGAUUCGCCGGUUGACGUUGCAGGGGACGCUUUUCCGGGAACGUCGAAGGGUCUUAAGCGGGAUCGGUCAGUUGACUUUGAGAACGAAGGCGAGUACCGUCGUCAGAGGUCGCGGGGUUGA